GGGGCUCCCGUUUUCCCAGUAUACCGGCGGAGCCCGAGGGUUUGUGAGUGCGGGGUUGCCGAGGUGGGGGUCGCUGGUCCAAGCUUUGGUGGUCGAGGUGCUCGGAGGUCCCAGCCGUCGCGACACGCACCGACGCGCCCAGGCAUCCCCCCCUUUCCCCCUCCCCUCCUGCAUCCCCCAGCCGAGCUGUGACCCCCGGCCCCCCACCAUGAAAGCCAUCAGCCCGGUGCGGUCGGUGCGGAGCUGCUACGAGGCCGUGUGCUGCCUCUCGGAGCAGAGCCUGGCCAUCGCCCGCGGCAGCAACAACAAGAGCCCGGCCUUGGAGGAGCCCAUGAACUUGCUCUACGAUAUGAACGAUUGUUACUCUAAAUUGCGGGAGCUGGUGCCGGGCAUCCCGCAAGGCACCAAGGUGAGCCAAGUGGAGAUCCUGCAGCAUGUUAUCGAUUACAUCUUCGACCUCCAGAUCGUGCUGGAGGAGGGGGCCAAGGGCCGCGACCCCUCCUCCGAGGCCACCCUGCUGUCCCUUAAGGCGGCCGAGCUGGCGUCUGAACUCUGCUCCAAAGACGAGAGAAGUUUGUGUCACUAACGGCUGCUCCAUCAGCAAACAGGCAGCGAGUGUCGGUUCCUGGUUCGUUAUCAGCCGGAGGUAAAUAGCAGCUUCCUCCGUGGCGCCGGGCUGUCUGCGACCUACCGCCCCCGGCAUCGCCUCCCCCGGGCCCGGGCCCCGCCGGCGGGGGGCGGCUGGUCCCGACCCCCACCAUCCCUCCGCCGCCAGCAGCCCCCCCGGAGCGCAGCAUCCCGACUUGGCAAGACUUUGGACCCGAACCUCAACGAGAUACUUUUAAUGAUAGACUGGUGAAGAGGCGGUUGUCUGUAUAUUUUUGGAUUAUAGCAGCGAGUCCUUUUUUUUUUUUGAAGGUUUUGGGGGGGGUGGGGGUGGAAUUCAGGGGGUUUUGGGGAGGGGGGGCACAUCCUCGCGUAUGAACCAAACUCUCUGGGGCUGCGGCCUCAUGUAUUGUGGAGCUCUAUACUAGAGUAUAACGUUUUGUACCUUUUGUGCAGGAAGGUGAUUUUCUGCGAACAUGCCUUGUACUUGCUUUAUAAACUUUUUAUAAAAGUUACAUUUUUACGUAAUAAAAACAGGUCGUUCAGAA